UGUAUAAUUUGUUGAAUGUUUACCUUUUUGCCUGCCAGCUCACUUUCGGAGUUUGGAGUUUUGGGAUUUGAAUUAGGUUAUUCCAUGGAAAACCCCAACUCUUUGGUAUUGUGGGAGGCCCAAUUUGGUGAUUUUGCCAAUGGAGCUCAGGUGAUAUUCGAUCAAUUUCUCAGCAGUGGGGAGUCAAAAUGGUUGCGGCAGACUGGAUUAGUUGUUCUUCUACCUCAUGGUUAUGACGGCCAAGGCCCUGAACACUCGAGUGCACGUUUGGAACGUUUUCUCCAGAUGAGUGAUGACAAUCCUUAUGUUAUCCCAGAGAUGGAUCCUACCCUUAGGAAACAAAUACAGGAGUGCAAUUGGCAGGUGGUACCCCUGUUUGAUGCCCAUUAUCUGAAAAUGAAAAUAGUGGAAUAA